CUCCCUGCCUGACUCCUCAUAUCCCUGUGGGCUUCUAUAUUAGCUGCAGGAAAGCAUUUCUGACCAGACAUGUAAGAUCUGUAACUAGAAAGAAAAGGAGUGAAGAAAAAUAGGCAACAAAGAAAAGAGAGGAAAAUUAGCUUGAUCUGAGUUGACACCACGCAGGGAUAUUCUCAGUAUCUCCAAUUUGAAAACAUCUGCACAGGUUGGCCUCCAGAGACAUGGAUAUCUUCGGGGAUGGGGAUUUCAGUGAGACAGGUAACACCAGCCAGACAGUAAAAGGCAGCAAAAGCCAAGGACUCAACCACAGUGACCCCCUGGACAUGUUUAUAGGCAUAGAGCUUCUUCUACGUUUCAAACCUCUCUUCCUGCCUCUCUACUCCCUCGUCGUGGUCGUGGCAGGCGUUGGAAACUCCUUCCUGUUGGCUUGCAUCUUGUCUGACAAGAAACUCCACAAUGCCACCAACUUUUUCCUCAGCAACUUAGCAGCCGGAGACCUGCUGAUGUGUUUGAGUUGUGUUCCACUGACUGUGUCUUACGCCUUCGACAGCCGUGGUUGGGCUUUUGGGCGCCCCCUCUGCCACCUGGUCCCCUUGCUGCAAUGUGCCACAGUGUUUGCAUCGGUGCUUUCACUCACUGCCAUUGCUGUGGAUCGCUACGUUGUUGUAGCUCACCCAGUACGGAGGAGGAUCUCUGCGUGGGGUUGUGGUGCAGUGACCCUGGGUGUCUGGCUUUUAUCUCUGGCCCUGGCUGCACCCACGUCUCUCUACACCCGCUAUAUGGACCUGCGACCCAAUGGCAUCGACCUGGUAGUGUGUGAGGAAUUCUGGCCACACAGUGGCAAUCUGCGGCUGCUCUACUCCUGCUUCACUCUCAUUACCUCCUAUAUGAUCCCGCUGCUGUCGGUCAGCAUAUCCUACUGUGCCAUCACUGUCAGCCUAAAACGCUAUUCAGUACCUGGGGAGCCGUCCAACAGCCAGCAGCGCUGGAGCCAAAGGAGGAAGAAGACCUUCUCUCUGCUGGUGGCCUCAGUGCUGGCCUUCGCCCUGUGUUGGCUGCCCCUUCAGGUGCUGAACCUGAUGCUGGACCUGGACCCAGACUUCCACAUCAUAGGGAAGCGCUACAUAAAUGUCUUACAAGUCUGCUGUCAUUUAGUUGCUAUGAGCUCUGCAUGUUACAACCCCUUCAUCUACGCCUCACUGCAUAGCAAGGUGCGCAUGCACCUGAAAGGCUACCUCUGUCCUUGUCGCAAUCGUCAGAGGGGGAUGGUAACGAGGGCGACGUCCAGGAGCUGAUUCCAGACCAUGCCCGGGUAUGAUACAACUGCUGUAGCAGCUCCUGACACUACAUCCCUGUCCUUACCCACAAGUUAACACCUGCGCCCCUAACACCAAUGUUAAUGUCUGAGGUGUCCAGGAGAAAAUAAGGCAACUGCUUAACAUCCAUUUAAACCAGAUUUCUCCAUGCUUUUCCAGCAUUUUGUGACUUCAAGACAUUUGGUCCUCUCUUGUACAGUGUCACCAGAGGCAGUGCUUAAUAAGGCCACUUAUGACAAACAGACAAAGAAGCAGAUCCAGACCAGACUGCAGUUUAGUACGAUGAUGAAGAAGAUUAAGCCAUCCACUGAGAUCCCUGUGUUUUUCUUGGACGGCCGAGCUGCUGGCUUAGACAAUAAGCAGAUCCUGCAGCUUUAAAAAGACCAGCAGGGGCAUAAACACACCCUUAGGCGGAGGGCUUCUGUAGCAGGCAUGCUGGAGGCUGAGACCAGGGGUGGCUACACUGGUUGCAGGGCCUGGUUAUACUUAAACAGCAAACGCUUGACUUCAGGGAGUUGACCGAACAAUGAACUCUUCUCACCAGACAUGGAUUGCAGACCAAGAAGAGGACAUGUGCAAAAGACACAAUUGUGAUUGUUUUAUUUUGUCCCUGGUACUGAAUGUCAGUGCUUCGAAAUCAGUUAUGUAUCUCUUGUAUUGCAUUUCACCUUCAUUAUAUUUGAUUUGUUAUUUCGAAAUGCACAUCGUUUGCUAUUUUUAGUGUCAUUAUGUGGUAGUUAUUCUCUAUGGUUUGGCUCCAUUGUCUAACUUUGCGUGUCACCUGUGCACAUGGAUAAGUAAGUUUGUAUUUGUGCAUGCCUGUGUAGUGUGCACAGAUUGUGUGGACCUGGGUGGAAAAGAGUGUACAAUGCUGGAAGAUUAAAGUGGCAGUAGGCUGAAUAUUUUUGGCAUAAUUGGGCAAAAAUUCCAUAAUAAACUUUCAGCAAAA